UUAUAUAAAAGAUAUCGAAUAUUAAAUAAAACAAUUUUAUUGGUUGGUGAACUUAAAUGUUAUAUGGGGUGAAUCAAUGGAUAAGUCUUCCGAGAAUACAAAAGUUUUAAAUAUUUGCUUAAGAUACGUUGGACUAAAAUACCUUGUGUAACACCUCCCAAGGUUUAGAACUAUAAAGAACACAUCUACAAUUGUAAAAAAGUUUGUAGAUAUUACAAAAACUUAAAACACUGUUUUAGAUUCUCAAGGUUAGGCGAACAUGUAUAUAUUUUAACUAGCAAAUAUUUCAUAAGUUAAUUGCGCAUGAGUUAUUUAAUCCAAACGUUUAAAAUUAUUAUUAACUUAUACGAACGGAAAGAUUAUAAGUAUGCAAGAGAUGACUGUAUGAAUUCAGUUAAUUUGAAGAUAACAUGUAAUGCAUAGCAACUAAUUAUGUACCUCCAUAUUAUAUACACCUAUAUAUAUAUAUGCAACUACCAAUUGUUUAGCUAUGUUCAAAAAAAAAAAAAAUGUUUAGCUACUGACAUGGCCACUAUUGUGAGUAAAGGGCUUGUUAAUUAUAUUUAAUCAGUGUAACUACAUAUAUUAUGCAUAUAUAUAUAUAAUUCGUAGGUGUCUUAACGAAUAGUGGCCACUAUGCAUUAUAUUGUAUCUUGUUUAUCGUCCAGUUUAUUUAUAUAUAGACUCACUUAACGCUUCCUCUUUAGUCGUAUCUUCCACUGUCCCCUCCCCAGCCUCCUACUACUAAUCUUUCCUAAUUUCAUUCGACCUAAAAUCCCUCACUAUGGCUUGUAAGGCCUUACUAUUAUUUUUUGUGCUCACAUUUCUACUGGUAACUGGAAUAGAAGGGAGGAUAGUUCGGGUUUCGAACAAUAAAGAUGCUGAAAGCGAAGAUCUUUUGCAACGGUUAGGAUACAAUGUUUCCGAACUAAAGCGUCUUGGAGAGAUUUCAGCACGAAGUGAAAUAAACAGAUUUUCUCCAGGAGGGCCAGAUCCUCAACAUCACUCCUAUCCUUUGUCUUCAAAGCCAUGAUUUGAACAGAGUUUGUGUUGCACUCUUGUCAUGUAUAUUAUUAUUUUCAUUAUUAUCAUCUCAUGUCAAAUAUUGUAGACUUCUAAGGUCACUGUGAUGUAUAAAUUCGUAUAAUAUGUACGAUCGAGUGUCUCCUAAAGUGUUCUUGUAAUUAAGUUUAAAGGAUUGUACCCAUAUUUUUCUUUUCUUGGCAUGCGAACGACAAUUCCACUAUACGCAUGCAUGCAUGCUACUAAUGUAUCAUUAAGUUUUUACUAACAUUCGUUAUUGCCAUCAUCAUAUAACUAAAAUAAUCGUUGUAUGAAAUGGAAGAUAAUACAAUGUUUUAAAAUUAAACAAGAAUAAAACAUUAAAUAGCAAUGUAACACUAAUUAUUUUUAAAAUGUAUAUUUACAUCCUCAAAAGAAAAUUAAUAAGAUACUAUCUUUCAACCAAUUCAUAAAAGAUAAUAUACAUGAAACUUGGAAACCUUAGAAUAAUAUAUUAUAAGAUAUCUUGAUCAGGUAAUCGACCAGGUAUGACCCAUGGAGAGCUCCCCUUCCGUUACUUGGGUGUUCCACUAAACUCUAGAAAGUUGUCUCUCCCGAACUGCCAGCUGUUGAUCCAGCAAGUCAAAUCGCGACUUUCCUCCUGGUCAGUGAAGACUCUCUCUUUUUCGGGUCGGCUGCUUCUUAUAAAGACAGUGAUAGCGGGAAUCACGACCUUCUGGUACUCUGCCUAUAUACUCCCUAA